AUGCACGCUCAUCCAGGAGCACUCGUCACCGCCGCACUCGUCGCCGUGCGCGGCCUGCGCUCCCACUCGCUGUCGACCUCGGGCGCCCUCGCCGCCCUCGUCCUCGGCUACCUCGCCCUUGCCAACCCGGUAAAGGUCUACGCAGCCUGUCUCCUGGGCUUCUACUUUGCCGGCAGCAAAGCCACAAAGGCGCGCACCCCUCCCUCGUUCCCUUCCCCUCGCCCCAGUCCACCUCAUCAGCUUCGCCCUCUCUUGGUCCACAAGCUCACCCUCGCUGCCCCGCAGGUAAAGGCCGCCCUGAAGGCUACGUUCGAGGAGCCCGACGCGCCCCCGACAGCCCCUCGACCCGCCAGCCCACCUCGAAUCUCCUCCUCGUCCUCCUCCCCUCCUUCGCCGCCCCACCACGGCCGCACCGCCACCCAGGUCGCCUGCAACGCCCUCGUCGGCUCCCUCUGCGCCCUCGCCUGGCGCAUCAAGUACUCGGGCGAGCGCACGGGCGCCCAGGACUGGGCCGCCGGCGGCAAGUGGUGCCUCGUCGGGCUCGACCCGCGAGGCGCCAAGGACAGCAGGGCCCUCGUGCUCGCCGCCGUCGCGUUCUGGGCGGCGUGCUGCGGUGAUACGUUCGCGAGCGAGCUCGGCAUCCUCUCGCGCUCCCCUCCCUACCUCCUCACGACCCUCCGCCCUUGCCCUCGCGGCACCAACGGCGGCGUCUCGCCCUGGGGCACCCUCGUCUCGCUCCUCGGCGGGCUCCUCGUCGGCGUCAUCGCGGUCGGCAGCUUGGCGGCGCAGGGGCAGGCCGGCGCGUGCGCGAUGGACGGCGCGAGGUGGGCUUGGGCGGGCGAGAUCCUGCUCGUCGCGGGUGCGGCGGGGCUCGGCGGCAGCCUGCUCGACUCGUUCCUAGGCGCAACCCUCCAGCCGACCUACUACUCGACCAAGCGCAACCUGGUCGUCCACUCGCCGCACCCGUCGCCCGCCUUUCCCGACGACAAGGUGGUCCGCGUGCGAGGGAGCGGGUUCGACGUCCUGUCGAACAACGGCGUCAACCUGGUCAGUGCGGCGGCGGUUGCAGUCGUUGCUGGAGCAUGGGCCUUGCGGUAGAGCCCGCCCUGGAACUGCAGACUCGUUGCGUAGAGAUGCC